GGCCAGCUCCCCGCGCGACGCUUGCCGCAGGAGGGGGCGGGGGGCGAGAGCGGGGUCCCCCCACCCCCCGGUCCACUCUUCUUCCCCAGACCUUCCCUGUCCCGGCUCCUCCGCGAAACUCCAGGGCAGCGGCCGCUGGCAGAAGAUCCAACCAGCUCCAGAAAAAGCGAAACAUGAGCGAGGUGAGCGCACGGCGAACUAGAACAAGGCUUGUUCUCGCUUUCUUGCGAGACCCAGAGGACAGUUGGAACCCCCAUCCCGGUGCCGCAACCGUCCGAGAGCAGGGGGUGCAGACGCCGCGAACUCCCGCUCUCCAGCGUCCGUCCUGCCCCCCACCCGCAGCAGCCACAGGCAGUGGAUUGGAGUUUCGGGUCAGUGCCACCUGCUGGCCGGAGUGAUACCCGGCUGAGAAAUUGGAGCGUAACCCCAGCUCCAGAAUGAAGAGGGUGGUUAUUUACGCGAACAGGAGCCGUGGAACUCACCGCAACAAUGCCACGAAUGUUUUUUGCUUUCUUUCGUAAUGUUUAAAUAGUUCUCAUGCCAGUGCCGACAAGGCGUUCUUCCCCCUUUCAUAGGUGAACAAAGGGAAAAGCAUUAAAAAGCAAAAGUAGUGAAUCUCCGAUGAGAUAGCCUGACCUUUUAGUUUUCUCUUUCCACUGAGAGAAUGGAUUGAGUCAGAAUUGUUCCCAACGCCCGCUGCUGUUUUUAGGGGAAGACGAACGGAACAUUUCCCUGGUGGUCAAAAAGAGUCAAUGCCAUUUGCUUGGUUCUUGAUCUACUACGGGACUGAACACUAGCAAGACAAAGAAGGGGAUGUACACAGAUAAAUAGAAGGAUGAUAAAUACCCAAGGAUGGGCUAUGAUGGAAUCUGAUUCUCCUGAGCCAGAAAAUUGCUAAGCUGCCAUUCUCUACUAGCAUGACUAUAAUAUGGAUUUAGAGCUCAAGGAUUAUUAUAAUAAGACACUUGCCACAGAGAAUAAUACUGCUGCCACUCGGAAUUCUGAUUUCCCAGUCUGGGAUGACUAUAAAAGUAGUGUAGAUGACUUGCAGUAUUUUUUGAUUGGACUGUAUACAUUUGUAAGUCUUCUUGGUUUUAUGGGGAAUCUACUCAUUUUAAUGGCGCUCAUGAAAAAGCGUAAUCAGAAGACUACCGUUAACUUCCUCAUUGGAAAUUUGGCAUUCUCUGAUAUCCUGGUGGUUCUGUUUUGUUCUCCUUUCACACUGACCUCUGUCUUGCUGGAUCAGUGGAUGUUUGGCAAAGUCAUGUGCCAUGUCAUGCCUUUCCUCCAGUGUGUGUCAGUUCUGGUUUCAACUUUAAUUUUAAUCUCUAUCGCCAUUGUCAGAUAUCAUAUGAUAAAACAUCCUAUAUCUAAUAAUUUAACAGCAAACCACGGCUAUUUCCUGAUAGCCACUGUCUGGACACUAGGUUUUGCGAUUUGUUCUCCCCUUCCAGUGUUUCACAGUCUGGUGGAACUUCAGGAAACAUUCGGCUCCACGUUGCUGAGCAGCAGGUAUUUGUGUGUUGAGUCGUGGCCUUCAGAUUCAUACAGAAUUGCUUUUACUAUCUCUUUAUUGCUAGUUCAGUAUAUUCUACCCUUAGUUUGUCUAACUGUGAGUCAUACAAGUGUCUGCAGGAGUAUAAGCUGUGGGUUAUCCAACAAAGAAAAUAAGCAGGAAGAAAAGGAGAUGAUCAAUUUAACGCUUCAUCCAUCCAAGAAGAGUGGACCACAGGUGAAACUCUCCAACGGUCAUAAAUGGAGCUACUCAUUCAUCAGAAAACACAGAAGAAGAUACAGCAAGAAGACAGCUUGUGUGUUACCUGCUCCAGCAAGACCACCUCCAAACAAGCAUUCAAGGACACUUCCAGAAAACUUUGGCUCAGUGAGAAGUCAGCCCUCUUCAUCCAGCAAGUUCAUACCUGGGGUCCCCACCUGCUUUGAGAUGAAGCCUGAAGAAGUCUCAGAUGUCCAGGAAAUGAGAGUAAACCGUUCUAUCAUGAGAAUCAAAAAGAGAUCUCGAAGUGUUUUCUACAGACUCACCAUACUGAUAUUAGUGUUUGCUGUUAGCUGGAUGCCACUACACCUUUUCCAUGUGGUAACUGAUUUUAAUGAUAACCUUAUUUCAAACAGGCAUUUCAAGUUAGUAUAUUGCAUUUGUCAUUUGUUAGGCAUGAUGUCUUGUUGUCUUAAUCCAAUACUAUAUGGAUUUCUUAAUAAUGGAAUCAAAGCUGAUUUAAUGUCUCUUAUACACUGCCUUCAUAUGUCAUAGUUCUUUACUGUUUACCAAGGAAAGAAGAUGUUGAAUAAAGUAUAUUCAUGAUAACUAUGUAUAUCUAACAAACACAUUUUGCUAACAUACGACAUUUAAUUUAUACAAAUGUUUUGGAUUUGAAUGUCAGAUCUUAAGAAAUGGAAAAUAAUUUUAACAUGUACUAAUACAAUGAAUUCAUUUAGUUGUACAAAGUCAAUGUUAAUCCAAUUUGUAAUUUCAUUUUAAAAAGUAGUUAUGUUACCUUUUGUUUCAUCUGGAUUAUAAACAAAUUAAUUGUCAAUUUUUUCUUUAAAAUAAAAGUUAUAGCUAA